GACUCAUUACUUAUUUGCCUAUAUCUCCAAAUCUCAUUAUUAUAAACAAUUACAACCUUUCACAAUAAACAUUCUCAUUCUUAAAAUUCCCAAAAACAAAUGUAACAAACUCAAAUGGAGGGUCGCCGGAGAAUAACGCUUUACGAUCAAAUGAAAUCGGGUAACACAAGCAACAAUCGAAGUUCACUUGCAAGUUUAAUCCUCAACGACGCCGUUUUAACCAACCAGAAAACCCCAAACCAAACACUCUUAGACAUUAUACAAGAACACGAACCAAACAACGUUGUUAACAACAACAAUAACACGAAGGAUCGAAAAUCGUGGAAAGCGUUUAAAGAGUUACUUCGUCUAAAGCGUCAUAACUCGGACGAGUCGACUCACCAGCAACAUAACGAGUCCGACGCCGUUGGAGAAGAUCCUGGAAAUUCGAAUCCGCCGGAAUUUCUUGCCGGUGGAGUUGCCGGCGGCGAGUCCUCCGACGAGGAGGAGAAUAAUACCGUUAACAAUUCGGAGACGGUGCAGGGUAGCAUGUCGCUGAUGGAUUUGUUGGAGGAAACGGAAGUUGAUUUGGAUGGAAGCAGUGAUGUGGAUGAUGGUGAUGACGUGGACGAUGAAUAUUAUAAAAAACGAGUGGAAGAAGAAGAAGAGGAAGGAGAAGGAGAAGGGAAUGUUCCGGUGGAACACAAUUGCUGCGUGUGUAUGGUGAGGCAUAAAGGUGCAGCGUUUAUACCGUGUGGACACACAUUUUGCAGGAUGUGUUCAAGAGAGAUUUGGGUGAGUAGAGGGAAUUGUCCACUUUGCAAUAAUUCUAUAUUGGAAAUUCUUGAUAUUUUCUGAUUACAAUAAUUAUCACCAUUCAUUUUUAGAUUUUCUUUUUCCACUUAUCAUCUAUGUUUCAGUUUGAGGUUUUUCUUUUAUGGGUUGUUUUUAGUAUUUUUCUCCCUUCGAUUCAUCGAUUGUCAUGAGUUGAAGGAGUUGCAUGUGUAAAUUCACUAAGCUGUGUAUCACUUCAAUUGCUAAUUUAUGAGUAAAGGGUAAUUUCGGUCUUUAAAUACGUCCGAAUAUAUCAAAUA